AUGUCGCAGCAGCGGCCCUCAAAAUCUACUGAGUUAGAAACCUGCGCACCAGUGAGGUCCUGGAGAACGAGGCUGCCAACACAGCCACGGCAAAGGUUGCCAAUUUGGAAGCAGGAGAAGGAUGUGUAUUACUGGCAGCCCCGCUCCUCUCAAACCCAGUACCCCGGCCUUGAACUGCUCGACACACGCCUGAAUGCUCUCCCGAAACUUUCUACCUGCGGUGAAGGCUCGUUACCAAUUCAAGAUCCAGCAGCCAUGCUCCAUGUCUAUGAGAGGGCUUUUGAGAAUCUUCAGCAGACCAAUUGCCGUGUCCUUGCUAAGGCGUAUAUCAAGAUGCUUGAGCCGAAAAAGCAGGCGAACUACCCGUAUAAUGGACGGAGGUCAGUCAGAGGAAGAAAAGUACAAUUUGAUCCGGAGGUAACAAAACCGCCCUGGUGGCCUUCUCGAGUGCGCCACCACGAGCCAGAUCAUCUCCCGAAAGUUGAGCGUAUUCGACUCCUUAUUCACAUCGUCCGCGAGCUGCACACGAGCCAUGGGAUAACCGUGGAUAAACUCAAAGCGGCAGAUCGGUCUAUUCGAGAUAAAAUUCGACCAAGAAGCAGGCUCCUCUUUCUCGACGAAAUUUACAAAGUAAGAGAAGCGGAAGAAAGAUUGAUCAAUAAGGGAACGGUCAAACAGCCUUCAUAUCCGGAUGAUUUUGUCGAAGUGAAAUGGGCCAGUACUUCUGGACCCAUCGGAUGUGUGGCUAGUGACCAAAAGAGCAGCCAAUCCAUUAAUCCUUUCGUUGGAGACUGGAUACAUACUCCGGGUGCGAACACUUCUCUUACGUCUGUCACAUAUUUUGGCAGUGUCACCUCGCAGCAAGGUGAAAAUUGCCAAGACCACAGUCAAUCAUUCUCUUCUUCUGGCCAACGUACUAUUCCUUUCCACGGUAAACACUCACAUUGGGAGCCUGACCUCCUUGGCGCAUCGUUGUCCAUGGGAAAUACCGAUUGUAUUUCUCAGUUCACGUAUUGGGCUGAAGGUGCCAAUGCUAUCACCCAGAGCGAACAGUACAAAACCGCGAACCAUGUCUCCGCUUCCAAACCAGCAGAGCACACCUCGACGGGAAUAGGACGACUACCGCAAAGCAAUACCAUGCACCAGAAUUGGAUGUAUGAUUUUACGAUAUGA